GCCACGCCGAGCCGCGCUGCCUCCCGGGGCGCCCUUGGGAAGAGCGUGGGUCAUGGCUGGCGGGGCGCGGGGCUGCGGGGCCAGCCUGGACCUGCUCCGGUCCCUGCCGCGAGUGAGCCUGGCCAACCUGAAGCCCAACCCCGACUCCAGACAACGGGAAAGACGUCCACGAGACCGGAGGAGAGGGAGGAAAUGUGGCAGAGGCCACAAAGGAGAAAGGCAGAGAGGAACUCGGCCCCGGCUGGGUUUCGAGGGAGGGCAGACUCCAUUUUACAUCCGGAUCCCAAAAUACGGAUUUAAUGAAGGACAUAGUUUCAGGCAUCAGUAUCAACCUUUGAGUCUCAGGAGACUGCAGUAUCUCAUUGAUUUAGGGCGAGUUGAUCCAACUCAGCCUAUCGACUUAACCCAGCUUGUCAACGGCAGAGGCGUGACCAUCCAGCCGCUUAAGAGGGAUUAUGGGGUCCAGCUGGUUGAAGAGGGUGCUGAUACUUUUCAAGCAAAAGUGAAUAUUGAGGUGCAGUUGGCUUCAGAAUUAGCCAUUGCUGCAAUUGAAAAAAAUGGCGGUGUCGUUACUACAGCCUUUUAUGACCCAAGAAGUCUGGAAAUUCUGUGCAAGCCUGUUCCGUUCUUUCUGCGGGGACAGCCCAUUCCAAAGCGAAUGCUCCCUCCUGAGGUCCUGGUGCCGUAUUACACGGAUGCGAAGAACCGGGGGUACCUGGCCGACCCUGCCAAGUUUCCUGAAGCAAGACUUGAACUCGCCAUGAAGUAUGGCUACGUUCUUCCUGACAUCACGAAAGAUGAACUCUUCAGAAUGCUCAGCGCUCGGAAGGAUCCAAGGCAAAUUUUCUUUGGCCUUGCUCCUGGUUGGGUGGUGAAUAUGGCAGAUAAGAAAGUUCUGAAGCCUACAGAUGAGAAUCUCCUCAAGUAUUACAGCUCCUGAACUCUCUUCCAGCAAAGCAGACGUGAUGAGAACCAGACAGGCUGAGAAGAGGCUCUUGUGGGUCUCAAAUCCUUGGGGUUGUUAGUAGCUGUUGGUGUGGUCAGAUCCAAAACUAAAUCACAGGCAGCAGAAGCUGCGCAGAACUGAUCCUUUAUGGGUGUAUGCCUCAAAAUUCAAAAGGUGACGGUCCUUAGAAAAAGGUCAUUAAAAAAAUUACUUAAAAUCAC